AUGCAGCCUCGGGCUGCGGUGGCUGCAAGUAAGGAUGUCGAUGCCUUGCCAGCGCAAGCCGUGCCAGUCCGCAGGGCCGCCCAGGCGGUGCUGCGCCUGGAGGCAAAGCGCCGAGCCGUGGCGAAGAAAGCGGCCAAGCAGGUGCAGUCCCUGGUGCGCCAGCACCGACGAAAUGAAGCGCAGCGGCUGGAGGAGGAGCACCGAUGUGCUCGUGCGGGCGCUGCAAGGAUUGCCAAGGAGAUCGCGAAGUUCUGGAGUGAUUGUUGCCGAGCUGCUGAGUACUUUGCUGUACAGCAGCGGCAUGCUGCCAAGACCCAGCAGCACCUUGAAAACAUGCAGGCGCUGGUGUCUCGCAGCGAGGCGUUCUCCAGUGAGGUCACCACGCAGCUGUUCGCGGAGUCAGGCAAGCUCGGCGACAGGACUAAGGCUAAGCAGAAGGCUGAGAAUAGCUUGGAACAGCUGGAACGAUCUUCCCGGCUCCAAUGCGAGGAUUUCGAUCGGCGCAACAUGUCCAAGCAGAUCACGACCGAGGUGCCGGUCCUCCUGCUACGACAUCCAAUCCGUGAGUAUCAGCACAUAGGUCUGCACUGGCUGGCCACGUUGCACGACAAUCAUUUUAAUGGUAUACUGGCCGAUGAGAUGGGACUUGGCAAGACCGUCAUGACGAUCGCACUGAUGGCCCAUCUUGCCGUGCAGAAAGAGGUCUGGGGUCCUCACCUGGUCGUGGUUCCCACUUCCGUGCUGAUGAACUGGGUCAAGGAGCUACAAAAAUGGACACCAGGCCUGAAAGUGUGCGCGUACCAUGGCACUGUGAAGGAGCGCCGAGACAAGCGACGCGGAUGGGGCAAUGACGAUUCAUUUCACGUUUGUGUUACUUCGUAUGCGGUCGUGCUGCAAGACCUUCGGCCUUUGAAAAUGAAGCGGUGGCACUACUUGAUAUUGGACGAAGCUCAAAACAUCAAGAAUUAUCGGUCUCAGAGGUGGCAGCAGUUGAUGCGCUUCAAAUCGGAGCACCGACUGCUGUUGACUGGGACGCCUCUGCAAAACAAUCUUGCGGAGCUUUGGUCCCUCCUGCACUUCCUGAUGCCAGAUAUGUUUCAAUCCUACGCGGACUUUAAGGAGUUUUUUGCAGACCCGCUGCACCUGGCCUUGCACGAAAACCGUCUCAAAAAGGAGCAGGAACUCGUGGCGCGACUGCACAAAGUUAUCAGACCCUUCAUGUUGCGAAGGUUGAAAAGUGAUGUGGAACGUCAGUUACCCAAGAAGCACGAACACACCGUGCCUUGCCCUUUAUCCCGUCGUCAACAAGUCCUCUACGAGGAGUUCAUGAGAAGGCGUCAGACGCAGCAAAUCCUCAAGAACGGCGAUUACUUGAGAAUGAUGGGUAUCCUUAUGCAGCUGAGAAAGGUUUGCAAUCACCCAGAACUUGUUGAACCUCGGGGCCCGGAAACACCUUUUGCCAUGAAUCCAUUGAGCGUCAAGCUGCCGGCGUUGGUGCUACUGGAUCUGUGGCAGAAAGUGGCGGGAAAAUCUUCCCGGGAGGAGGAGUUUUGUGGUCUUCUUCUUCCAUUGAUUUCUCUGUGGAAGUUCGAGAUGAUGCUCAAGACCCAGUCCCACCAGGCCCUGCCAUUCUCCGAGGUGGUCGAAAUGAGCCUCCAUCAAGCUCCGAAGCGAAGGCGUGUCUCAAAUACAGCUGCAGCUGAGUUGAGGAGCCAGGUUUCGCUGGGCAGCCAGGAGUUUCUCGAUGAGUGGCACCUGCAGCUGUGUCGCGUGGACGAAGAGCGAAAACGCGAGCGCUGCAGCGCUGUCUCGGCGAUUGAUCUCCUGUUGCAGCUGGUCUCAGAAGGACGACCCUGGGUUGGUGCAGAUGGUGUGGAGCUGCUUUCAUGUACGUCCGACUUGAGGGGGCGCUCGCAGCCGCGGUCAUUCUUAUGGCCAGAGCUACAGCGCUUACCGAGGUCUGCAAGCUCGCCCUGCCUGCAAGAGCGCAUCUUGCCAGAGGAGCGGCGGAAUUGGAGGUUCUCAAGGUCUUGGAGCUGGAAGCUCGGCGAUGCACUUCAUGCGAUGUCUCGCAGCAUCCUGUGUGAUCUCGAAAGCAACUUUGCGACGCGACUCGGGAUGUGGGCUUUUCGAGUGCCUCGUGUCGAGGUGUCGUCUGCUGGUGCUGGGCCUUCACAGCAACUGGCGUGUAGAGGAGCCCUGAGAGACUCGGCUUCGGCUCUUGCUGUGCGCGGCCGAGACUGGGAACACCCAGUGAAAGAAAUGCAGAAGGGCCGCUUUGCUGAGCCACUUCAAACUUCAAACACGCGAAGCUCAAGAGCAGGAGCCUCCACCAGGCUGUGGCGUCAUCAGAAAGGCUGGAAGUCUGCUUCUUGGUGGGACUUGCAGUUGAGUCUCGGCAUCGUGGCCCAGAGCAAUGCCAAGGGCGUGCUUCAGUUCUGCAGCACCCACUUGCCGCAGCUUCACCUUGUGAACCUUUCCACGGCCCUUCACCGGGUGGCAAAGGCAUCAGACCGACUUGACGUUCUUGGCUCGACUGAGCUCCAGGCAUUGAUUCGCUGCGUGUCCAAGGAGCUGAUGGAAGCAACGGAAGUACCACUGCUAACCGUGGCCAGUGUAUCUUGGGCAUGCGCAAAGUUAAGUUACCUGGACAUGCCGCUCUUUGAUGCGAUGGCCGGGCAGGCAGUGGAAGCGGUACAAGCGUUGCAAGCACGUGCACAGGAAGCGGGUUUCCAAGAGUGUGCUAACAUUGCAUGGGCUUAUGCCAUGCUGGAGCUCUUCCACGGGCCACUCUUGGAAGCUCUGCAAGCUUUGGCUGUUGAACUGAUGCCCGCCUUUGAUGUACAGGCCGUCUCCAACAUGGUGUGGGCGCUCGCCAAACUUCUCGCCCUGGAUGAGCCGCUGAUGACGUUAAGCGCGGCUCGCUUUCUGGAACACUUAGCGGAAUCCACACCGCAGAACCGUUCCAACUUCUGCUGGGCAUAUGCGUUGCUCUUGGUCCACUCUCCACGCCUGGCGUCCCUGGCACAUGAUCUCGGGUCUCUUGAAUCUUUCGAGUUGCAGGACCUCACCAACACGGCCUGGGCCUUUGUUUCGCUAAAGCUCGGGGAAGCACCUUUGCUUCAUGAAUUUGCUGCAGAGUUCCUGUUUAAGGUGGACGGCACCUUGCAAGGCUUACUCUUGACCACGGCGCGUUUGCAAGACACCGCCUUCGCGAUUGUGUCAAUCUCGUGGGCUUUUGCAUUCGCAAGCACCUUGACGCCUGGGCUUUGCCGGGAAUUAGCGCGGAGGCUGUCGACCAUUGGGGUUCAACUGGAUCGAGAUGUUUUAGACCUACAACUCCUACCGCCAGUGCGUGAUGUUCAGUCCGGUCCCAGCUGGAAAGCCCAGCCCAGGAUUGUCAGCGACACGCGUGGCAUGACUGUCCUGUUUAAGCCACCAGGUUGGGAAGUGGAUGGGCCGCUGAGCGAGCUUGGCGGCCAUCCGCUCUCUGAAUUUCUCAGGGCAGAGUUUCCAUCGCACUCGUUGCCAUUCCUCGCUGACUUCCAAUACGGAUUUAUUCAUCGCCUUGAUGUACCAAGCUCUGGUUUAAUCUUGGCUGGAAAGACGUUCGAAGGUCUAUACUCCCUGCGCAUGCAGAUCAACACCUUCUCGAUAUCGCGUGAGUAUCUCGUACUCUGUGAUGGCGUCGCCAGUGCGUCUUUGAUUGAAUGCCGCUUGCCCAUCGAUGUGGUGGCACGUAGAAGCCUGGCGGUAUUGCCGUCAAGCGAGUCAAGCGACUCUGGAAGGGCAGCUUUGACAUGGUUCCGUUUUCUGGCACAUUUCCGAUCAGAAUGUAGUCUCGUUUCUAUUCGGAUUCACACAGGAAGGAACCACCAGAUCCGAACGCAUCUUCUAAGAGCUGGACAUCCAACAGUGGUUGAUGGAAGGUACACGUGCCUCUCCGUGAUGGUGCAAGCCAAGGGCUUACGCAACACCCGAGCUCGGUGGCCGGUUCCAAGCUUUACGAGCUGGGUGGGCCAUGAAUCAGGCCCUGGGGGCCUCCGGCGCCUUCAUGGCACCUCCGGCCUGGAGCUCCGCGCAUCUCCAGGUAUGGUCUUGGCAGAGCUCUAUGCCUGCAUGACCGGGCCCUCGAUGGACGCUUGCGUUGCCAUUUGCCCGAGAAGCAACCACGGCGGCAAUGCCAUCAUGCUGAAAGAGUUCAAGAGAAGAAACGACAAGUGCAUUAUUUUCACUCAGUUCAGCAAGAUGCUGGAUGUCCUCGAAGCUUUCGUGAGCCAUCAUAGCUGUACCUAUGUCCGGAUGGAUUCGGCGGUCAAGGUAGAACGGCGGCAAGAGUUGAUUGACCGCUUCAAUGAUGACGAGCGGAUAUUCCUGUUUAUCUGCUCGACACGUGCUGGCGGCGUGGGCAUUAAUUUGAUGAGCGCGAACAUUGUCAUCUUCUAUGACUCGGACUGGAACCCUGCGAUGGAUAGACAGGCCACGGAUCGAGCACAUCGAAUUGGCCAGACUCGCGAGGUGCACAUCUAUCGGCUGAUCAGCGAGCACACAAUCGAGGAGAACAUCUGGCGAAGGCAGGUGCAGAAACGAGAGCUUGACGACAUGGUUGUGGACGAGGGCCGCUUCACCACCGAGAAGCUGGAACAGCUUCGCCAAGGUAGGUCCAGCCCAGUUGCUGGGCAUGGACCAGAAGAUGCCAGCUUGCCUUCACUACGACUUACCCGAGCCGCAUGGUCCGCUGAAGAGGUGCGGGCAAUGUUGCAAGCUGGCAUGGAACUGGAAGGGCAUCAUGAAGACUCAGCGCCAACCAACGGCCAGAGCAACGCUGCCAAAGCCCUCACUGGAGAUGGGACUAGCCUGGCAGUUCCAGGCAGCCUGCCUGAGCAACCCACAAGCCUGGCCGAAUUUGAGCAAGUUCUGCAGAAGGUAGAGGACGCGGAAGAUGCGCAAAUGGCAGCGAGCGCGUCUCUGGAGCUUCAACAGACAGAAUGCUUGCUCAAGGUGGAGGAGGCUGGUCGCAGCAUGUCGAUCAUGGGCAAUGCUGGGAAGUGCAAGCAGCUGCUCUUAAAAGUCAUGGGCAAGACUGUCCGUGCCGCUAAUGUCAUUCAACUCGCCGCUGUGGCGCUGGUAUGUUCAACCUUGCCGAACACCUUUGCAGGAAGUACGCUGACUGCGCACGGAAAAGCACAGUGCACAGGCGCGUUGGGCAGCAAGAAGGUGCUCUUGCGACAGGCUGACCGGUCCGACCGGUCCUGGGGAGGACUUUCGCUGGAGGAGCGCAGAAGGCCUGGAGGUGGAGCCGAGUACUUGGGAGAGUUUUUAUAUGAAUUGGCGCAGCUGACGCCGUGCCGCUACUCUGUGAAUGGCCUUGCAAUCAUGGAGACAUAUUCAGACAUGCGAGCUGGCCGCGCAGCCAUUUCCAUUGGUCAAACGCCAAAGGGCAAGAACGUUUUGACUUUGAGAUCGCAAGAUGGCUCAUUUCAGCUGAAGUUGGAUGCAGAUGCUAUUGUUGCCAUCUCGCUGGAAGAGACCGAGCAGCCUGGCACCCAUUUCAUCCGUUUCUUGGAUGGGCAAGGUCGGAGACACCUCAGCGCAGUAAUGCUCGGCGAUGAUGCAGAGGCACGCUUCCAAAUCAUGCUGGGAAGGUGGACAUCACGUGUUGACCUCCGCUGA